AAAUCAGACUACACUUCACCCAACUUGAAAAUAUAAAAAUUGCAUCAUAGCAAACUUUUACAAAAUCAUAUUUCAAUGAAUUAUAUCAUAUACUUUUUAAACUUUUCCGACUUUUCGGUUUCUAAUAUUCUAUAACCCAAAAAAAACUGUGUGGCGGCCGUACCCUAGCUUGGGGUUUUCUUCUUCUCCGGCGGCAACUUUUCGUUGUCCGGCUCGGUAGUUUGUAAUUCUCGGGGAGAUCCCGAUUAGAUUAGGGGCGCGGAUCUCAGGGGUAAAGGCAAAUCAAAGUGUGAGUUUCUCAGGGGUGAUUGAAGGAGGAUCCGUCUGAGAAUUACGUCCGACAGCAAGUGCAAUUUGAAUUGUUGGAAGCAGGGGCUCCCAAGAGUAUACUAAGCUGGAACUGCAGGGGGUUGGGUAAUGCAGCAACCGUCCAAAGCGUGGUGGAUAUUGUACAGCAACACAGGCCGUCAAUCCUUUUCUUGAUGGAGACGAAGGUGAGAUGCCAACGAGCGAAAGAAAUCAUUCGAACACAAGGCCUCAUUCACAGUGUUGGAGCAGACAGUGUCGGGCAGAGCGGGGGUUUGGUAUUGGGAUGGACUGAUGAUGUUGAUAUAUCCGUUUAUGACAUUCAGCCAACUUUUAUUGAUGCCAUGGUCAAGUUAACACCUGCUGAUGUUCCUUGGAGGCUCACUUGCUACUAUGGAUUCCCGGAGACGGUUAGAAAACGUGAGGCCUGGGCAUUUCUCAGAGACCUAGCAGAUAGACAACAGGGAUCUUGGAUGGUGAUUGGUGACUUCAAUGACAUUCUUUAUGAUUCGGAGAAGAAAGGCAGGAUCUCACAGCUGAGAUGGAGACUUCGUGGUUUCCAGGAAUGCGUUCGGGAUUGUGGUUUACGGGACUUCCCGUUCUCGGGAUACCAAUGGACGUGGGGAAAGAGUUUAGGGACGGCUCGGUGGGUGGAGGCGAAACUUGAUCGCAUUAUGGUUAAUGAUGAGUGGUGGAACAGAUUCAUGGCAGCUCAAGCAACCUCGGUGGAAGCUCCGGUAAGCGAUCAUAUGGCUCUAAGUAUAUCUAUUAUGCCUACUAUUCAUGGGCGAAAGAAAAAGGCGUUUAAAUUUGAAAAUAAUUGGCUAAAAGAAGAGGAAUGCAGGACUGUGGUGGCUAGUAGUUGGUGCGUAGGGACCCAUAUGACCGUACCCGAAAAAAUACACUUUUGUGGCAAUGAACUGCUCCGGUGGGAUGCUUGUAAGAAAAGGGGUUUCCGACACCAAAUACUAGCAUGUAAACGUAGAAUUGCAUGGCUUCGAGGGAGAGAGGAUAACCACAACAUUGCAGAAUUUCUUAGACUAAGAGCCACCCUUUACUCUCAUAUGGAAAAGGAGAAUGAGUAUUGGAGACAGAGAGCUAAAGAAUUCUGGCUUAAGGAAGGAGAUAUCAAUUCCAAGUUUUUUCACAAUGCAGUCAAACAGAGAAGGAGAAGGAAUAAAAUUAUGGGGCUCAAGACGGCUGGAGGGGAGUGGAUCACCGAUCGUAACAGAGUUGGGGGUAUGGUAUUGGAUUAUUUUCUUGAUAUCUUCCAGGCACAGCAAGGGGAGGAAUUACUCAGGUAGGUGGAUUUCAGGAAACAUGUGACGCCUAGCCAGAAUGUUGUGUUGCUUCGUCCUAUUAGACCGGAUGAGGUGAAACGAGCAGUGUUUGAUAUGCAUCCCGACAAGGCUUCAGGGUCUGAUGGAAUGAAUCCGGCGUUUUUCCAAGCUUACUGGGAUAUUGUGGGCCCUGAGGUGGCGCGACUUGUUUCAAGUAUUUUUUAUUCUGGCUUCUUUCCUAAGGAAUUAAAUGUUACAAACUUGGUUUUAAUUCCUAAGAAAGACAAGCCAGAAAAUAUGGGGGACUGGAGGCCUAUAGCUUUGUGUAAUGUGGUUUACAAAAUCUUUUCAAAGGUUCUGGCAAAUAGGCUUAAGUGCAUUCUUAGUGAUUUGGUUGAUGACAAUCAAAGUGCAUUUAUACCGAGACGGUCUAUCAUUGAUAAUGUAGUGGUUGCUUUUGAAACACAUCAUUAUCUGAAAAGGAAAAGCGCUGGUAAAGAAGGUUAUGUGGCUAUAAAACUAGACAUGAGCAAAGCAUAUGAUAGAGUCAGUUGGAGGUUUCUGGAGGCUGCGUUAAAAGCGCUUGGCUUUGAUGACCGGUGGACGCAUUUGGUUAUAGAAUGUGUGUCAACUGUCAAAUAUUUUAUUCAGUUUGAUAAAGACUUUUUGGGUCCUAUUAUUCCGAAGAGGGGUCUGCGGCAGGGGGACCCCCAAUCACCCUAUCUUUUCAUUUUGGUUGCAGAGGGUCUAAGCUCACUGAUUCGAAGGGCGGAAGCGAAAGGAGAAGUCCAUGGAGUGGCGGUGUGCCGUGGAGCACCAAAAAUCUCCCACCUUUUAUUUGCGGAUGAUAGCUUUCUUUUCUUUAAAGCUAAUUAUACUGAAUGCUCUAUGAUAAAAAGAAUUUUGCAGGAUUAUGAGAAGGCUUCUGGACAGGCUAUAAAUUACAAUAAAUCUUCCUUGACGUUUAGCCAGAAUGUGGAUGAAGUCACUCGUGUUUCGUGUUGUCAGUUUUUUAAUAUUCCCCGGGAGAGUGGUCAGAGUCGUUACUUGGGGUUGCCGACGCUUGUGGGGAGAAAUAAAUCAGACAUUCUGAGCUACUUGAGGGACCGCAGUGUGAGUAGAAUAAAAAAUUGGAACAAUAAAUUUCUUUCCAGAGCGGGCAAGGCGGUUCUUAUUCGGAAUGUAUUGCAGGCGCUCCCAAAUUAUGCGAUGAAUGUUUUCCUGCUAUCUAAAGAUUUAUGUGAUGAGAUAGAAAAAUUGUUAAAUGGCUUCUGGUGGAAGGGUAAUAAAUUUGACCAAAGAGGGAUUCGAUGGCGCAGGUGGGAGCUUCUAUGUCGACCGAAGAGUGAAUGGGGUUUGGGUUUUCGCAGGAUCAGGGAAUUUAAUUUGGCAAUGCUUGCCAAACAGGGAUGGCGGCUAAUAACAGAGCCGAGAAGUUUAAUGAGCAGGGUUUUGAAAGCAAGGUAUUUUCCGAACACAGACUUUUUGAAUGCUAAAUUAGGGAACAAUCCUUCUUUUGUUUGGAGGAGUUUUUUUGAGACCCAAGAAAUCUUGAGGAAUAAUACUCGCAGGCGAGUGGGACAUGGUAGAGAUGUGCAGGUUUGGGUAGACGCAUGGUUGCCGGGACAGGGUUCGGGGCGAAUCCAGUCAGCCAAACCCCCUGGAGUCCGAGAUAUGAAUGUGGCAGCGUUGAGGAACCAUACGGGGAGGGAAUGGAAUAGGGAGAUGAUUCAUUCUAUUUUUUAAGCGGUGGAUAGAGAUCAAAUUUUAAGCAUACCGAUUAGUAAAGUGGACAGAGAUGAUGGCUACUGGUGGACAGGGGAGAAAAAUGGGAAUUUUUCUGUUAAAAGUUGCUACAUGAAGUUAGUCAAUACAGUCCCAUCCGGAGGAACAAGUAGUUGGGCUAACUUGUGGGCACUUGAGGUACCUCCUAAAUUUAAAUAUUUUAUUUGGCAGGUACUGGAUGGAACGCUCCCUACAGUUGAUAAUCUAUGGAGAAAAGGCGUGCAAAUUAGCGAAAAUUGUCAUCUCUGCAAUGGAGGCUCCGAAGACCUAGAACACACCUUCUGGGAGUGCGUUUAUGCGCAGGAAGUUUGGCAGCAGGCGGGAGUUAAUCGGGCUAGUGGAGUGACUCAAGUGCAGGAGUGGAUUAAGCAUCAACUCACACAUGCUAGCAGAGAGCAACAAGGAAAGUUUGUGGCCCUAUUUUGGGGUAUAUGGAAGCGGCGCAAUGCUCUUGUUUGGAAAAAUGAGUGGCAAGGUUCGGCAGGAGUCAUUAGCAGCGAGGGAUAAAGUCAAAGAAAAAGCCCAGUGAGAAUAUGCAGGUAUGGCGCAGACCGGGGAGGGAUUUUAUUAAAAUAAAUGUUGAUGCUGCUCUGGACCCAAAUAGUGACAAAAGGGCCUGGGGUUGGGUGGCAAGGACUGAGCAGGGGGAUUUUAUUAAGGCGGGAGGAGGGUCUGCCAAUGCAGGAUGGUCACCGGCGGAAACAGAAGCGAUUGGGUUGAGGGAGGCUAUUCAGGAGGCGAUCACAGCGGGCUGGCAGAGAGUGGCUUUCGAGACAGACGCACUCUCAAUUGUUCAGGGUAUUCAGCAAGAGGGAGGUUUGUCUUAUCCUGGACGACAUUAGAGAAAUUUUGACAACAAAGAAUAAUUAUAGUGUUUCUUUUUGUAGACGAUCUGCGAAUCGUGUAGCUCAUGCACUGGCUAGAGCACACGUUGUUCUCUCAGAUCAUAGGAGAACAACGUGUGCUCUCAGAUCAUGCACUGGCUAGAGUACCUUUGAUAUAGCUCCUGAUUAUAUUGUAAGCCAGCUGACAAACGAUUUUAUUAAUUAAU